AUGCUUCACCAAUUUGAUUGUGAACAUGGCUCGAUUGUACUAAUCGUAACCUCUAAGGAUGGUUUCGAGGUUUUUCGUAGAACCAUUGCGGGUUUAGCGAGUAAGGCUAUCAUUGUAUUGGUAGCUGUUGCUGGUGGUUCGAAUGCAUCAUUUGACAGGAAGACUACUGCUGCUUGGUAUUGGAGUGAGAUGCAAGCAGGGGAACAACCGUUUUACUCUCUAGUUAGAGGCAGCCAGUAG